AUGUUUUAUACCUUUUCAUUCAAGGCAUUAAACUGUUCGGAUGGACAACUGUCAUGUGACUUAGAUUCUUCGAAUAUUUCAAGUCCUAAUGUACAUGAAUACGCAAGUUCACCCUCAACAGGGAAAAUCACUAAAGCAUCACUUCCUGACAAUACUGAGAAAGAAGGUUCUAAAAAUGCAGAUAGUGCAUGUGUUUUUCAAUCCACUAACUUGAGUCAACUUUCUCCUAAUGUUACUAGUCUUUUAAAACCAACGAAAACACGGGAAUCUGAGGAGGUGAGGAUUACCAAACUGUAUCACAUUGCUUUGCGUCUUUGUUCAUCUGAUUGUCAUGGUGAAGAUUUUAAGGCCAGACCAGUUUUAGAAAGUAUUUUGAACAGCUUUAUUAUUGAAGGCGAUAAAUUAACUCCACAAUUGACACGUGUAAAGUUUGCCAGUUGUAAAUUACUUGGAGGCAUUUAUUUCAAGUUGAAUAGACAUGCUGAAGGUAUAGAUCUACUUAGUAAGGCUUUACAAAUUGACUCGAAUGAUUUAAGCCUUUGGAUACGCUUAGCUCGUGCUGGUAUACGUUCGGGUUUUUUUGAAGUUGCUAUCAAUUCAAUAGAACAUAUCUUGACGAAACGACCGUCGCAUCCAGUUGCAUUACAUCUUGCUUUACCAUUAUAUUUUGCAGUAUCCGAAUUAGAAAUUUGUUUGGAAUUGUCAACGCGUAUGCUCCAGAUAGAUCCAUCUAGUGAAUAUGCUGUUUAUUUCAUCAAUCGGAUUCUUACAAUUCAACCAAGUUUACAUGAAAUGGUUACAGAUUUAUUCUUACAAAGGCCAGAUAUAUUGAAUCAAUUACCGGCAAGUAAAGAAGCUGAACAGGUUGAUCAAGAAAUACAAAAGAUUCGAACUAUCUAUCGUAAACAAAAGGAUGCUGAAAUGGAAUCACAAGUUAUCCCAGUGAUUAAGUUUCCAUCACCAUUGAAACACUUAAGCUGGUUACAUCUAAUUAAAGAGACAGUGACAAUGUAUGAUCAUUUACAAGCAGAAUCUACGAUUCAUUUAGUCCUUGACCUAUCGUCUUUAUGGUCUGAAGAUCUGCUCAGAGAGAUAAAAGAAUCAUCAACAAGUAAUGCAGAUGUGCAUUCCAAUUUGAAAACAGUUGAACAGUCGGGAAGUGAUAAUAAUAAUAAUACUACGACUGGUCACAUGGAAGAUCCUCAUACCACGAAAGUUCCAUCAAGUACAGAUACAACGUCUGAAUUAGUUAAUAAAGAUGAUGUAAAUGAACUUAAUAUGGAAGCGGGAACCGAUGACUUGGCUACUGGAAUAGAGAAACGUCGUUCUGCACGGGUUAGAACAUGUUUUGACUUGAGUGAUGGCUUAAAUCGUUAUUGUUCAAGACGAUCUGUAACCAUGGAAUUAGAUAAAGUUGUCUAUGAAAAGUGUAAAGCAUCUACUGGCGAAAAGUUCACAAACAGUUCACAAAAAGACGGUAACAAUCCAAAUGAUCGUUUCAAGUUAGCUGAUCAAUUUCAAACUCUUUUGCCUCAAAUAUUCAGAGAUCUGGCUGCUUACAACAGAAAACAGAAGAUUUCACAAGAAGUUCAGUUAUCUACGGAAAAUUCAAUGAAUGACAAUAAUUCAACUACUAAUGAAGUUGUGUCCGUUAACUCUGAACAAGUUACGUUGAAUCAAUCGAAUUUAUGGAGUCCAAAAUCUGUUCAUAAUUUCCUAAUCAUGUUAAAUGGUAUGAAACCGAAUAUUGUUACAUUUGGUAUAUCAUUAUUAUUGCAAACCUCCCAACUGUCUGGUUGUCGUUGGUCUUCAGAGCUUGCAACUGCCUAUAGGAAUUUAUUUCAUCGGCUGCAGCCAUCUUUUCCGUAUUUUCUAACAAUUCCACCAUCUAAUUCAUUAUUGAUGGAUACCGUUAGUCAAAUGACAAAAGAUGCUGACACUUGUCUUCUACCAGAAUGUGUAUUGGCGCUUAGAAGACCGCCUGAAAUCAAACACUUGGCAUAUUUUUACCUUAUAUAUAUUGAAAUACACUUAGAAGAAUUAGAAGCGAAUCCCAAUAGUACAACCGGAUCAAAAGGAAGAAAUUUACUCGUAACUGAAAUAUCAACCUCGUUAUUUUCUGUUUUAAAUGAAAUUCUUUCAAAAUUCGAAGAAACCUCGUCAGAUUAUCCUAUCAUUAUGAGUCAUUUACUGUGGAUAGAUUAUCUGAUGUGUUCUCGCCGUCGUGAUUAUACUGAAAUGCAAGAGUGUGUCCUCGCUCUUCAAAAACAUCUUUUAACGCAUAAAAUUGUUGUCUCCCGUGCAUACAGUGUUCGUCACGGUGAUUUAACACUAGAUUAUAUGAAUCGUUUACUGUCAAAGCUAAAAGAUGUUUCAUCGUUUGAUCGUUUAAUUCAACUAUCUCAUGAUGGUCAACAUGCUGAUGUUGUCGUAGAAUUGACGCGUAUCUUUCAACUUCAACGUGGUACAAAUUCGAAGUCCUCCUCCUCCUCCUCGUCAGCGUCUUCAUACUCAUCAUCAUCAUCCACAGCAUCAUCAUUAUCAUCGUCUGAUCAAUCUCAUUCAUUGAAACAAUUGAAUCUAUUCUACAAUUCAUUGAAACAUUUAAUCACUGAUAUGAUUACAAAAACUGGGGAUUACACUACUCCUAGAGAAGGUAACAAUACUGCUGGUGGUGGUGGAGAUGUCGUCGAUAUGGAGGUAACGCCGUCACAGUCGUCAUCAUCAUCAGGAUCAUCAUCAUUAACAGCAUCGUCAUUGUCUUCUUAUUACAACUAUUGCAUCCUUUUAAUUGAAGAGUGUUUACUCCGACUUACUGAAUCGAAUCAAGAGCAAAUGAUGACGCUGUCUGAGGCAUCAGUGAAUUCAAUUGCUUCAACUGCUAUGAAGACAAUUAAAUUUCUGAUUAAAUGUUGGAAUUUAUUGGAAGAUAAUUCCACCGAUGAAAACGACUUGAAUUCAAGACAGUUUCCAAUAAAAUCGAAUUCAUCCAAUGAUAUUUCAUCAAUUGUUAAUUUACCAUUAAAAUUAUUAACCUGUAUCGAGGAUUCUGGUGAUAAUAACAGUAAUAAUAACAAUAACAACAAUAGUGAGGGUGGUGUAAUCGCCGUUCCUGCUGCUAUUGAUCGUCGUGAUGAGGAUGCUACAAAUUCAGUAGAAUUAUCUAUCUCUGAAGCUUGUCGUACUGUCACUGUCAUCACUGACUUCUUAGUAUACAGUAUACGUACAUCUAGUAUAGUGUUAUCCAAUUGGACAAUGAAUUUUUAUCUGAAAUUAGUUUCAUUAUUAUAUGAACAUUUAAGAUGCAUUGAAGAAAGUAUUCCGUGUUCAGCUCUACCAAUUGAGCUACGUAUUUAUCAAUCUGGUGUAGAGUUAUCUGAAGAGAUUCCGCUUGAGUUGAAGUUAAACGCCUAUUGUGGAUCAGUUAGUGCACCACCCAGUAUUGUUUGCUUGCAUUUAUUUCACGAAUUUUCAAUACUCCUGUUUACUUCGUCAAUUGCAAAUAGCAACAAUAGUAAUAAUACAAUAAUACAAUUAUGUCGAGAUUCUACAGGUAUUGUCAAACUUUUAAUCCAACUAGCUAUACGCAGUUGUAAUGAACUACAAUCGAUCAGUGCUAGAUUUUAUUCACCUGAUCUAAGAUGGAUUCUUGAAACUGGUGGUAUUCGGAUAGAUGCUACUGGUGCUACAACAUCUACUACCACAUCUACCACUGAUGAUGGUAUCGUAUCCAAUGCUGGUAAUACUGCUACCACUAAUAUUAAUAAUAAUAAUGAAUGUUCAGGGAAUAAAGGUCAAACAACUACGGAUGAAUACAUGGCGCCUAUAUCACCGGAUGAUAAUACUGUCGCGUGUACUGAUGACCUGCAAAACAGUAGUCUGUGUAGUAAAUCUUGGCCUAAAGGUUCGGUGUGUUUAGCUCAAGUGUUAAGUUGUACUAUCAAGUGUCUAUUGGGUAAUUGUUUAACUCGUGAAAUAACUACCUUUUAUCAACCAACUGAGAAAUAUCUAUCGCUUGAUUUUGUUGAAUCGUAUGAAUUUAUGAAAAUCUAUAAUUGUAUUAAAACAAAAUACGGAGAUGGUUUUAUGAAUUUUAUCCCAGAAUGGAUAAAUACAGUGAAGAAUUUAUUUGAUUCAUGGGAUGUAUUUGAUCAUCAACAACAAUAUCAACUAAUGCAAACACAACAACAAACACAACACCAACAACAACAACUCCAGCAAUCGAAUUGGUGGAAUUCACCAACCUUAUCGUCAGCUGAUUGUGAUACGCAUCAAGAAGAAUGUCUAGAUUGGCAGUGUGUCAAGAUCAUAUUUCUAUUCGCCUGUCCUAGUCCUUUCCCAGAAUACGAUAGUCUUAAAACCAUGUCAAUAUCAAAUGAGAUGUUAAAGUUUCUUUGUGAUGCUGCAAAAAUUAUGCCAACUUGUGAACUUGACAAAAUGCUACCAAAAUCUAGCAUAGACACAGUGAUACAAUCGAAAGCUAAAGAAAUACACUUGCCUUCAGUUCCUAAAGGAUUAAGUUUCUUGACGAAAUCAAUGUACUACUUAAUUGCUGAUCAUUAUAUGAAGAAUAAUCAGUUCCCUCGUGCUGUGGAGUAUUAUCUACAAGAUUUAUGCGUGUCUCCACAACGUGUCGACACUUGGGCCGCGUUGGGAUUGAUCUAUUCCAGUGAUUUGGAACAAAUUCUAAAUUUGACCAAUUUAAAAACGGAAAGAAUUUCAGCUGAAGCUGUUUAUCGUUGUCUACGAUGUUUUAAUAUUGCACUACAUCUACAACCAGAUUCAGUUACUCUGUUAAUUGAACGUGGAUGCCUAGCGUAUCAGUUACAUUCAUACGCGGCUAGAAUUGUUAAAAAGUCUGAAUACAGAAGUUUUCCAGAUGUUCAUUUAAAUUUAUGCCGUAAAUGGCGUCAUCGUAUGCUACAACUGGCGCGUGCUUCAUAUGAAAAUGCUUUAAAUCUAUGCAGUUCAGCUAAGCAUCAAAGAGGUGUUGAAACAGUGAAAGUAGGAAAGUCAACGUUGACGACAUCAUCAUCAUCGUCAUCGGCAGUCGAACAACAGGACAACAAUAAAUUGAAUCGUUUAGCAGAAAAUGAUCUAAUCGACAGUAAUAAUAAUAAUAAUAAUAAUAAUAAUAAAAACAAUAAUAAAGCUGAUAAUAAAACAGCUCAGAGUAAAGAAGAAGAAUGGUUAUGUCAUUAUAUGCUGGCUAAAUGUGCUGAAAAAGAUGCCUAUUUAAUUAAACAAUCUGAAGAUGUUUAUCCAUCCUCACGUCUUAUGCAUGUUCUACGCCUGUAUCAUGAUGCAUUGAAAGCUUUAGACUCAGCUGGAGCGAAAUAUCCUAAAAAGAUUAUUUUUUAUAAUAAAAUACCUUUUCGAGCUGUUGAAGCCAUUGAAGUUUAUUAUCGAAUUCAUGCUUUAUCGCUAAAAACUUUGUUGAAAUGUGGAUCUCCUGUUACAUCGACACAAUCGAAUCAUUCUGCUUAUCCAAUUAAUUUGGUAGAACUUGAUCAAUUUCUCGCUAUGAUUGAUACAUCUGAAUUUGUUACCAGUGCAAAGAAACCAUGUCGAAGAAAUCGUAAACGAACCGCUAACAUGGCAGGUUUAUCUAAUAAAACAAAUCAAUCACAAAAAAUAGCCAAUCAAAUUGGACCUUGUGAAGGUCAAAGCAGUAAACCAAUGCAGCAGAAUGAAUCGGCUACAAUGUCAAGAAUAAAUGAUCAAUUAGUUGACGUCACAGCAUCCAAAUCAGGUCAAUCGUCUGAUAUACCCUUAAUCUCAGCUACUAUUCCCUCACAAGAGGAAUUUGUUGAUCUUACAUCACCUGACCAGCCUUUACAAGAAGAUGAAGAAAUGGUUAAUGUACCGUCGUCUGUUGAAUCGUCGAUUGAUAAACUAACUCUAUGGGAAAAAUGUGUUGAUCGAUGUCGGUGUGCUUUAGAGCUGGUGUUGCAACGAUUACCUUUGCAUUAUAAGGCAAUGUAUCGAUUGGCUUCAAUGUAUCUGUAUGCUCCGCACUUAACGAAUCCGAAUAAAGCACUGGACAUUCUAUUAGGUCCAGCAGAAGUAUCGUCUAAACCAUCUUCUACUGCAAAUAAUAAUAGUAAUAAUAAUACUACAAAUGCUAGUUCUUCUACGCAAACGAAUAUUGGAGGUCUUUUUAAAGACAGAAAACAGAAUAAUUUCUUUUAUGGUGUUUGGCGUAUACCAACAGCUGAUAUCGAUCGUAGUGGGGAUUGGAGACGACUAGUGCAUAUAUUUCAUCAGUUGAGAAAGCAACCACCAGAAGAAAAGCGAGGAUUUCUUGGUGAAGGUGAUCGUGUCUACCUGGCUAGACGAGCGUUUAGUCUUAUCCAACCGACACUAUUUAAUUGGUUAACUCAAUUAUCCUUAAGUUUAGCGCAUAGUCUUAGCCAACAAAUUUCAAAGGAUAAAUCAUUAGUCUUUAAUUCAGAUAUAUCAUCUUUAACAGCCAGUGAAUUUAUAACUACGGAAACGUUGACUCAGAUUUAUCGACUUCACUGUGUUUCGUAUGCACGUAAUUCGUCGACAUCAUCAUCAUCCUCAUCAUCACCGUCUGGUCAGCUGAAUUCUUCUUUGAAUAGUUUUAAUUCAAGUCUUUGCUCACCUACCAGUUCCACUACUACUACGACGACGACAACUGCUACUACUCCUUCUUCUACUCAUGCUUCCGCUUCUUCUUCUUCUAAUGUACCCGACGUGGCUACUGUCGCGGCAGCUGAAACCUCUGGAUAUGCAUCAGUUCUACAGUUAGCCUAUCGAUUAUGUCCAAAAGUUUGGGAUUCUCGUGGACCUUUAGUUCCACUGGAUUGGAUUUUGAAAAGGUGUAACGAAAUAAGUGUGACGAAAUCUCAGCGAGAGGAAUACCAGAGAGUUCAGAUGUAA